AUGGCUGGUCGUCGUCUGCCCAUCGAGUUUAAUGUUCGGUUAGAAAUAACUCUUGAUCCGUCGUCCCAGACGGUUCGGCUCGGCUCGUACCCUCACCCCUGGUCUGGACACUCGGCAAAUGUGCAGAUUGUUCGUUGUUGGUUACAAUUCCAAAUUUCAGGCUUCUGUCGCAGUUCUCAGAGUGGCUUGUUCAUCCUGUUCGCGACGGAUGCCAAGUCCACCGAGAAUACACGCCAGCCCUACAACAUCACCGAGAUUCAGUAUGACGAAAGGAACUUCAAAGCCUCCCUGACAGCCAAGAAGACAGAUUUUAAGGAUGCAGUCCGUGCUGGCAGCCUCCACAUCGAGAAAGGGGCCGUAAAAUCGAAGCUGCAGAGCCGCGCAGCCGGCCUGGAAUCCCGCGCGAGCUGGGAGACGUCGAUAUCCCUCGACCGAGACGUGGUAGGCAAUAUCUUCAAAGAGGACAGGGGGGCACUUGACUGCACCAAAUGCGGUAGCGUCGGCCAGAUAGGCAUGGCCUUGCACGCGGAUUGGAAUUUGUGGUAUGACCCUUUUCCCUCAGAGGCCUAUUUAGAGUUCUGGGCCGACAAUCUGGGGUCCAAGAUGGAUCUCGCUUUAAGUGGCAAGGCGGGCGCCAAGUUUGGCAGUCAGAUAGAAUUAUGGAACCACGUUAUCGCUGGCAUCGGAAUCCCGCAUGUCGCGGAGCUUGACCUUGGGCACAUCUGCUUUUGGGGUUGCGACGAUGCCAAGGACGGCUGGGAUGUGCAAGCCUUAAGAUUCCCCGCCAGAAUGAGCGGCGAAGUGAGCGCCACGGCCGAGGUGUACGCAUACACUUCACUACAGGCUGAAGCAAGCUUCCUCUGGUGGCAUGAACAGGUAGGCCUGGCGGCCAAGGCUCCUCAAAUAAAGGGCAAGUUUACAGGCAUGUUUGGCGACAACGUGUGUGACAACCCGCAGUACCACUUUGGGCUACAGGCCGAGCUAUCAGUUGGUUUGGACUUGUACGGAUACGCGGGUAACGAUGCUAUUAAUAGCAAACACUGGGACAUCUUCAACUCGGACGUCAAGAUAUUCUGUCAACGAGAGAAGGUUCAAUAUUACUUGCUUUUUCCAACCUUCCUUCCAAAGGGCCUUUCUUUCCAACGGAAAUAA